AUGGAAGAACAAAACUCUUAUCAUGAGGGAAUGAAUCUCCAUCAGGUAAGCGUCCCUCUGCCAUCUCAACGUCAGUUCGACGAGUUUUCUGCUAAGUUCGAACUCGAACAAAAGCCUCAAGCGGGAACGAGCACACCAUCAGUAGGGUCAGAGGUGAUAAUCAACCCCUCCAGUAAUCAAGAAGUUGUGGAAUCACCUUUACCAUCGACAGGUCCUCCAUCCUACCACACCUUGGACACGCGUGGAAAUGAGGAGAAUGCUGUUCAGCAAGGCGAUGCUCCGGCGUCAUCAGCAGGAUCAUCAAGUCAAAGCCUUUGUUCUCAACUCGACAAUGAGUCUCGGACGUCUGUUGCAAAUUCAGAGAUGUUGAGAGCCAGGAUGGCUUCUGAUGAACAUUCUUACUGGUCUCCCGACUCAUCAACGUCCAGCAGCAGCGCCCAGAGUACAACUCCAACCGAGCCCGCGGCGGUAUCCUCAAGCGAUGAUGCUAUUACCCUGGCACCUAUUCCCACUCCUGAUUCAAACAAUCAAAUUGGGGGGCCAAAUGCUUCGACAAGACAAGACUCUCGACGGCCUCACAUUAGUGGACCAUAUCCAUACUUUGACCAUGAUAGUCGCUUCCGUACCAAUGAUCGAACUUUUGGAAUGCGAAUCGCAGGAACCAUGCCUGUUCCGUUACAAGAAUGGCCAGAGGGGUGGUUCGAGAAUCCUCGGCCUGCUCCACCAGUGCCGGUUGCCAGAAAUGAAGCUAGCCCCGAAGAAAACGCGAGAGUAAGAGGACGAAGGCUUCUAGACCGAUUCAUUCAUGCAGCUCGUUUGACCCGUAUUGUUGCACGUCUGAGGAAUGGUACACGGAAAGCAGUGAAUAAGGUGAAAUCUCUGGGAAAGUAG